AUAAUUAAUUUAAUUAAUUGUUUAAGGAAUACUCUAUUUCAAAAAUAAUUAAACCCUCAGAUACAAAACAAUAAAAUCAUUAAGUAAGAAAAAAAUAUUUUCUCAUGAAUCAAACAAUGAUAUUUGGAGUUUAAUUUGCGACUUAAAAAUGGACCAAAGUGCAAAGUUGGUGUCUCUAUUUUUAUUAUUUUAUACGGUGUUGUGUUCUGCGACACAAAGGACAACACAAUUUUCAACUCUGGAUAUUUUAUCAGUGAACAAUAGUGAAACAAAUAAAACUAAUUAUGAUAAUCCUACAAACCAAUCAGUAGUUAAGGAAAGUGGACAAUUUUUUUUUAAGAAAUUUAAAUUAGACACACUCGAUGUAGAUGAAAUUCUCGAAAUAUGGAAUCCAAAAAGUGUGGUGCGUUUUUGGAACUCCAGGACUUCGGAAAAUCCCAAUAUUACCGAAAAAUGCGAGGAGGAUGUUUCAGCAUAUUUGACGGGUGUUUUAAAUAAUGAAAAUUGGGCUCUGAGAAUGAUUGAUGCUAGUGGAAAACACACAUGGGGACUUUUUUCCGGCAACAGGUUUUGGACAGGGGCACCAGACCAAUGUCGAGAAAUGGAAAAUGGUUUCGCAGAUUGGAAAAAGAAUGGAAGCAUCUCACGAAAUAUGGAAUUUCCUCCUUUUGCAGUGAGCGUCAAUUCCAUCAGUCUCACUCUUAAAAUAUUGAAGCCUGGUAUAAAUGGGACACAUAACAUAACACUUGGAUUAUGUCUACCGAUCAGCUGCACAGAACAGGAUGUGAAAAAACUAUUAAGUUUUUCCACAAAUCAGAGACAAAAUCUCCCUCGGAUUGUCAUUCUGGACCAUGUUCGAAAUCUUUCCAAUGGUUACGCAAUUUGGGACGAUAAGAUACUCUAUGUUUUGUCGGGAAUGUUCGCUGUGAUUCUAGUCUUCGUAGUAGUGGGUACUGCAUACGACUUAUUAUUAAGGUACAAAGUUUUAAGAAAAGAAGAUGAAAAGCAAAUAAACAAUGAAAUUAUUGGUGAUUUGAAAAGCAUAGAAAACAACGUUUUUGGAGAAAUUACAAUUUCAAGACUUUGGGCUGUGAAUACUCAUAAUGGCUCCCUAGAUGUUUGUGAUCCAAAGAAGAUGCCAAAACCGCUGUCAGAAUCUUUAUUAUCAUUCAGCUUACUUUUGAAUAUUUCAAAGCUUACAAGUUUGGAUGUUGGCUCAGAUACUUUAGCACCAAUUCAUGGUUUGCGGUUUAUUUCAAUGUUGUGGAUUAUGUUGGUGCACAGUUGUCUGACUACAAAUGAAUUUUCUGACAACCAGAUGUGGCGAAAAAAUGCAGAGGCGGACUUCUUAUAUCAAACUAUUAGCAAUGGUUCUUACGCAGUUGACACUUUUUUCUUUAUCAGUGGAUGUUUGGUUUCAUUUCUUUACUUCCGGACAAUUACAAAAGAAGGGAUAAAGAAAAUGAAAAUAACAAAAGGAUGCUGUGGUCAAUUUAUGCAAUUUUUAGGGAUGAUGGGCUAUAGAUAUGUACGACUUACUCCUCCUUAUCUCAUAGUGAUUGGCUUGAUUCAAAUUUCGAUGAAAUGGUACCAUGAUCAUACAAUGAUCGAGCUUCCAGCUUUGGAUUACAAAACUUGCGAACAAUUUUGGUGGAGAAAUGCACUCUACAUAAAUACAUACUUCGAUAUGGACGACAGAUGUAUGGUGUGGAGUUGGUACCUGGCAAAUGACACUCAAUUUUACACUGUUGGAAUAAUUAUUCUCAUAAUUGCAGCAAGUUUUUUCUCUGUUGGUGCUGCUAUUGGAGUUAUUUUCUUAAUUGCAUCCUGGAUUACCACUGCAUUAAUUUCCGUCCAUACUGAUCACGUGCCGAGCAUAGAAAAUCCGUUUGCUCAUUAUGAGAGCCUCUACGACAAACCCUGGACCAGGAUUGGCCCUUACUUAAUUGGAAUGGCAACUGGAUGGUACCUAUUCAGGGUUAAUUGCAAAAUUAGACUAAACAAGGCGAUACUUGCACUAGGCUGGACUCUUUCAUUUUUAGUAAUGACAAGCAUUGUCUAUGGCUUGUAUGGGAAUAGAUUCGGGCCAAUUGUAUCGGCAUUGUAUACAGCUAUGUCCCAUUCCGGAUGGGCUAUGAGCAUUGCCUGGAUUCUGAUCGCAUGUGUAACGGGCUACGGUGGGCUGGUGAACAAACUGCUAUCGUGGAAGUAUUUCUAUCCAAUAUCAAGAUUAACGUACUGUGCAUAUUUGGUUCAUCCAGCGAUAUUGCGUGCGGUGGUUCUCAAAGGAGAAGCUUCCUUACACUUAACACAUGGCCUGGUGGCAUACGUAUUUUGCGGCGUGCUCGUCUCAUCCUACGCAGCGUCCUUGUUUCUCAGUCUACUUUUCGAAGCUCCGAUGGUGUCCUUGUUGAGGAUAGUUCAUCCCCUUCGGCAAUGGAAACGAGAUUGAAUUCUGUAGCAGCUGAAUAUUUCUCGAAGCAACAAGCGGUUACAAAAAAUAUAGAGAGCUGGUUACAAGGUCAUAUAAUUAAAUUAUUUAUUAAUGACCCCAGUCUGUAUACAGCAGUGCUUUAUUUGGCCUCUAUUAUCUGCAACUCUGCGUGAGUCAUCUUGUCAAAUUACAAUAUACAGGGGAUUCGUCUCGUACUUUAAAAUAAGUGUGUCAAAUGGCUAAUUUCUGGAUAAAAAUAUUCGUAGGUUUUCUUUAUUUUCUUGGAUGAAUACCUCGUAUAGGGAGAAAAUUGUUUUAUUUUUUCUCCCAAGGAGGUGUUCAUCCGCGAAAAUAAAUCAAAUCCCUUAAAGUUCAAAUUUUUUAAUAAAAAUUCUCAUAUCAAAUUCAAACCCUAAAAAAGGGCUAAAAGUAUGAAAAGUCUGACAAAAAUGAACCCUGUGACGUAAGUUUUAAUUCGAAAAUUUAAAGCAACAAUUUUAAUAAGACCUUUUCACUGUGUGGUUCAUUGGUAGUGUGAUAAGUUUUACCUCACUCCUUAUCAAACGUUUCAGAGUAAAUUUAGUUUUUCUCAAGUUCAAUUUCUUAUGGAUUUUAAUUUUUACUACGACUUAGUUUACCUUGUUUUAGAAUGUGAGGUUGGAACGCCUCAAAGAGAAGAAAGACACUGCGGAUUAAUGUCCGCUAAAUUACAUUUACGGUUAUAAUAUAAGAGUUUCAGUAUAAUAAGUACCCAGACAAAAAUUUAAUUAUUUUAGCUGCGUUUAUUUUUUUAGUCUUGAUUACUCAGGAUAUUGCAUAUGUAAUAUUCCUGAUAAAACUAUAAAAGAGUGAAAUAAAUUGUUUAGAACAAUUUCACGGUGAAAUUAGCCAAAGUUGAAAAAGUCACUUUUCUACAUUAUUACAUUCUUUUGUUAAAGAACUUAAAUUAAGACUCUCCGACUCAAUACUAGCUCAUUAGUUUUUUUCAGUGCAAGUAUAAUAUUGUGAAUGACCUUUACGCCUAUAUAUAAAAUACAAAUGGAAUAUUUUUAGCAGCGAUAAAAAGUACAAAUGUUGAAAAAGUCACUUUUCUACAUUAUUACAUUCUUUUGUUAAAGAACUUAAAUUAAGACUCUCCGACUCAAUACUAGCUCAUUAGUUUUUUUUCAGUGCAAGUAUAAUAUUGUGAAUGACCUUUACGCCUAUAUAUAAAAUACAAAUGGAAUAUUUUUAGCAGCGAUAAAAAGUACAAAACGCGCAGUGUCCUUAUUAGAAAUACUUAUUUUAUUCGAUCAUGACAUAUAAUGGCAUAUUUUCAACAACAAAAAUCCUUGUUUAUAUCGAUUUUGUAACAUCAGCUUUAUAUUUAAGUUA